UUCUUGUCGACGUGGGAAGGGAGGGAUUCGGACACAAACAAAUGUCCACGGGUUUGAUGUCGGGCUACGUUACAGACAACUGUGACAUGUCAGGUGGAUUCGAGAGAUAACUUCCGUGACAGCUGAAACAUGUGGCUCAAACCGGACGAGAUUCUGCUGAAAAAUGCGUUUAAACUGUGGGUGACGGAAGAGGAUAACAAGUACUUCGUACUGCAAAGGAGACGAGGUUACGGAGAAGGCGGAGGCGGUUUGACAGGCCUCCUUGUGGGAACGCUGGAUACUGUGUUGGACUCCACAUCCAAAGUUGCUCCCUACCGCAUUCUGCACCACACACCAGACUCACAAGUGUAUUGGUCCAUAGCAUGUGGUGUCACCAAAGAGGAAAUUGUUCAGCACUGGGAUUGGCUGCAGCAGACCAUCAUGAGGACACUCUCUGUGUUUGACUCCAGCGAAGACAUCACCAGCUUUGUACAGGGCAAGAUUAGAGGUCUUAUUGCUGAGGAAGGGAAGACAUCCCUGGUGCUGGAGGAAGAUCCCGAGAAGUUCCGAGAAGCACUUUUGAGGUUUGAGAAGUGGUUUGAGCUGCCGCCAAAGGAAAAACUGGUCACAUAUUACUCAUGUAGCUACUGGAAAGGCAAAGUACCCUGCCAGGGAUGGCUCUACCUCAGCACUAACUUCAUGUGCUUCUAUUCAUACCUGCUGGGAGCUGAGGUGAAACUGAUCAUCUCCUGGGAUGAAAUCUGGAGGCUGGAGAAAACCUCGAACGUUAUCCUGACUGAGAGCAUCCAUGUCUUGGUCCAUGGGGAGGAUCACUACUUUUCCAUGCUGAUGCACCUCAAUGAAACAUUUGUUAUCAUGGAACAGCUGGCUGACUACUCCAUCAAGCGCCUUUUUGAUAAAGAGGCCUUCCAGAGAGAGCCAGCGCUCUCCGAUCCCCUGCAAAUUACCAAGAGAGGCUUAGAAGCUCAUGCAAAGAGUGAGCAGUUCCGGACAUUUUUCAGGCUUCCCAAAGAGGAAAACCUGUUGGAGGUGCAUGAGAGCUUCCUGUGGGUGCCCUUCAGCCAUUUUAACACCCUUGGCAAGAUCUGUCUGUCUGAGAGCUACCUGUGUUUCGCCAGCCAAGAUGGAAGCCAAUGUCAUGUCAUCAUUCCAAUGCGAGAGGUCAUCAAUGUCGAGAAGCCAGACUCCGGCAACAGGGCUCUUACGGUGUGCGUGCGUGGAAAGCGAGCGCUGCGUUUCUCCGAGGUGCGGGACUACCAGCGGCUCGCCAACUCGAUCCGUAGCAGGUGUGGGAUUAGUGCCAGCCCUCAGCACUCUGCGUCAUCACAGGCCAUACGAGGCGAGUGCCAGUCGCUCAUCAACCACUUUGAUGACAACCCAGAGGACGUAACGCUGAUGGUCGGACAGAAAGACAGCAGCAAGGCUGUCAGCACCGAGGCUCUCAUGACCGUUUUCCACCCCCAGGAUGUUGAAAACCUUGACCCCAAAAUGCUUAAAGAAAAGAUGAAGGAACAGUCGUGGAACAUCCAUUUCUCUGAAUAUGGACGUGGCACGAGUAUGUUCUUCACCAGGAAGACUCGAGACUUGAUUGUUCGUGGCGUUCCCGAGGCCUUGAGAGGAGAGCUGUGGAUGCUUUUUUCAGGAGCUGUUAACGACAUGGCCACUCAUCCCGGCUAUUACAGUGAUCUGGUUGAACAGUCGCUGGGCACAAGCACUUUGGCUACAGAUGAGAUCGAGAGAGACCUGCACCGCUCUCUGCCAGAGCACCCCGCCUUUCAGAGCGACACCGGAAUCUCAGCUCUACGCAGAGUCCUCACUGCCUAUGCAUACAGGAACCCCAAAAUUGGCUACUGCCAGGCCAUGAACAUUCUCACCUCCGUUCUCCUGCUCUACGCCAAAGAAGAGGAGGCUUUCUGGCUCUUAGUGGCCGUCUGUGAGAGGAUGUUACCGGAUUACUUUAACCGCCGGAUUAUUGGCGCUUUGGUCGACCAGGCGGUGUUUGAGGAUCUGAUUAGGGAACAUCUCCCCCAGCUGGUGGAGAACAUGACAGACCUGAGUUUCUUCUCGUCCGUGUCCUUGUCCUGGUUCCUCACUCUUUUCAUCAGUGUGCUCCCCAUCGAGAGUGCCGUGAACGUGGUGGACUGUUUUUUCUACGACGGCAUAAAAGCCAUCCUGCAGCUCGGCCUGGCAGUGCUGGACUACAACAUGGGGGCUCUGAUCAGCUGCCACGACGAUGCAGAGGCCGUCACCAUCCUCAACAAAUUCUUUGACAGCGUGACAAACAAAGACAGCCCCCUGCCUUCAACAGUGCAGCAAGCUUCAGUGGGCAGUAACGAUAAAACCUCACACCUCAACGUGGAUAUCAGCGAACUGAUCCGAGAGGCCUACGAGAAAUAUGGAAAUAUCCGUUCAGAGGAAAUCGAGAGUUCACGGAAAAGAAACAAACUGCAUGUGAUCCAGACACUGGAGGAUACAACCAAACAAAAUGUGAUUCGGGUGGUGACCCAAGAAGUCAGAUUCAGUGCCUCACAUCUUGAUGGGCUUUAUAACUUGUUCAAAAGGCAGCAUUUUCUUUGCUGCUACUGGACAAUGAAGAGUCCAGCUCUGCUCCAUCAUGACCCCAGCCUGGCCUAUUUGGAGCAGUACCAGUUGGGUUUCCAACAGUUCAGCGUGCUCUUCUCUCUGCUGGAGCCCUGGGCUUUCUGCAACGUCAAGAGCGCCGUUUCCCUCUGGGUCUUCCGCCUGAUAGACGAGAACCAGGACGGCCUCGUCAACUUUAAAGAGUUCUGCUAUGCCCUCGAUACUUUGUACAGUGGAUCGUUCACAAAUAAGCUGAAGUUCCUCUUCAAGCUGCACCUGCCACCAGCUUUCACAGGUAGUCCUUUGCACUUAAAGGAACAAAGAAUCCAGCACUUUAUUCCAGUGACUGAAGACUCUUCUCACUUGAGUAGACUCUCUGCAUUUGAUCUACCACAAGAUGGCGUGAUAAAGAAAAGCCCUGAAAGAGGUAGAGGAAAAGUGGACCUACAGGCCUACCUGAAACAAUGGCAAAAUGAAAUACUUAAGAAAGAAGAAACUAUUAAAGACCUACCCCGAAUUAAUCAGACUCAGUUCAUACAGUUCUCCAAGACCCUGUACAACAUCUUUCAUGGUGAUCCAGAGGAGGAGUCUCUGUACCGAGCCGUGGCUCAUGUGACCAGUCUUCUCCUGAGGAUGGAGGAGGUGGGGCGGAGGCUGCAGGAGCCGAGCAGCCCGUCCGAGUCCACAAAACCGGCCGCUGCGGAUGAGGAGGAGCCUUCAACGGAAGAAACAGCUACGACCCCGGAGAGCUCCGACACCUCCAGCUCCCGCAACAGUCAGGAUGCAGGGACCGACCUCACCGAGAUCGAGUGGUCGUUUUCCUUCGAGCAGGUCCUUGCUUCUCUGCUCAACGAGCCGACCGUAGUCCGCUUCUUCGAAAGGCCCGUCGACGUUCAGACUAAACUGGGACAAGCGAGGGUUUCCCAGCUGAAGCUAAAGGCAAAUCAGUGAAAGGAUACAUAAGGGAAUUGAUACUUUGCUUCAGAUUCAAACCCACAAUGUCACCACGAAUUUCCUUCCUCCACUCGGAAAGGACGGCGGGUUUUGGCGAGGUAUCUUAAAUAAAGAGGAGACAUCCGAUUUUUAAAAAAUCUGGGCUGUAUGAAACAAACAAGGCUCACAAUCUUAAACCCACUGUUAACACCGUUGUUACAGUCCACUGACCGACACCGUCAGUGCAUUUCCAUGUUGGGCCUCGUUGUAUACUGCCACCUGUCGUUCCUCAAAUCUGAUUAUGCAUUUUCAAGCUCUGUGAUGAAAUUCAUCUUCUUAUGUAGCGUCAGAUUCUUCAGAUUUUAAGGAAGUUUAGUGAAGAAUAUAUUUUUCCCCCCCUAUAUGCCAUGGAGCAUCUCCAGUAUAGUUUUGUAUUUUAUGAGGGACAUUCAGUGCUGUUCCCUGUAUUUAGAAACAUGACACAAGAUUUUGUCGUGAUGUUGUGAUGCUGACGUUUCUAAUCCAUGGAGAAUGAUUUAAACAAGGUGGCGACAGGAGGAUUCUCCCUCUGGGUAUCUUGAUAUGUUUUCUCUUAAAGAUAAACUAUUCACUGCUGUCGUAAUACAAACUAGUGUGUCCUGUGA